AUGCUACAACUUGUUACACGGCACAGUGCGGUUUUCGGCUGUGGCUCGUGUAGAAGGACGAAAGGAAUCGGGAUUUGGAAGCUGCCUUUCCCGAGAAACGACGAGUACAAGAAGUGGAGACUGGAGUGGCUAAAUGAGAUAAAGAAGACUCGUGAAGUUGAUAGCGAUUUCCAGAAACAGAUUGAUGGUGACAGAGUUUAUACAUGCGAGAAGCACUUCGCUCCUGAGGACAUAGAGAUAUUUCAAACGGCGAAAAUGACAAAGAAGAAACCAAUGUUUGGGGCUCUACCUGUUCGGAACAUGCCAAAGAGAAGCCACGAAACGGACAAGACGACUCGAAGGCCGCCAAAAGUUGUAGUGACUGUCGAGGAGACUACUAGUUGUUCCAGAUACUACAAGAAUUUUAGAGACCUGUGUAAACGUGUCAAGUCCCUCAAAACUCUCAGUGAGUGGACUCAACAAGAACUCGAGGACAGGAUUGUCUUAAAGAAAAUUCUGCCUUCGUUACAGAUUCCAGAGCUCGAAAUAGUAAUCGAUGACAGCCUCGGUUUUACUAUUCUUGUUUACGGAUGGCUACUACCUGAAGACCAUGAACUUUACACUAAAAACUUUAGGUCCAUAAACAACAUUACAGCAUCGGACCUUGUGAAACAUGUGGAACGUUGUUUGAUUUGCCCUGGAGUAGAGACGAAUGUAUUUACUGGAAAUGUGUUGCCCCAUAUAAUUCCCAGGGUUGUGGAUCCCUUGUCCAUUGACAGAGAAGACAACAACUUGGAUUCGUUUCCAAGCAAGCAAUACUGGAGGUCUCGUGGUUGUUCUGUUCUGUGUCAUGCUGAUGAGCAGUAUUGCAGCAGCUGUUCGCAAUAUCUCCAUGCUAGUGACCUAUCAAAGAAAGCAAAGCAACGAAAGCUAGCAGAACCUGCACACAUCAAGGCUCCAGUGUCGAAAACUGCACCAGAGCGUAUUAAACUGACCCUGCAGAAUCAGAGGCUAAGAUGUGCAGAUCUUGAACGGCAACUGGACGAAAUGAGAACUGAACUUACUAAAUCAAGUGUAGAGGUUGACCCUGAGUUGAGUGAUGAUUUUGCCACUAUUCUUGGGAAAUCAGAUGUUACUCCUUUUAUGAAUCUCUUUUGGCAACAACAGAAGAAAUUGUUUUCGAGCAGCCCUACUGGUGUGAGGUAUCAUCCGAUGAUAAUCCGCUACUGUUUAUCUCUUGCUGCAAAGUCGCCAUCCUGCUACGAAGAACUACGCAGAAGUAAAAUCCUCGUUCUACCGAGCCAGCGUACCCUCAAGGACUACCGCAACUGUAUCAGACCUACAAGGGGAUUUAAUGAGAAUGUGAUCGAGGAGCUGAAAGGCCAGACAGACUCCUACUUUGAUGUUCAGCGGUAUGUUGUGUUGUUAUUUGACGAAAUGAAGGUCAUGUCCAAUCUAGUGUUCGACAAAGUUACAGGAGAACUCAUCGGUUAUGUUGACCUUGGCGACCCAGAUGUUAACUUUGGAUUGUUAAAGAAAGUUGAUGAGCUUGCAACACAUGCUCUGGCUUUCCUCAUCAGAGGGGUCUGCACACAGUUGAAGUUCAACCUUGCAUACUUUGCUACUAAUGGUGUUACAGCUGACCAGUUGAUGCCACUCUUCUGGGAAGCUGUAGGCAUACUGGAGAUGACAUGUAACCUGUGGGUGAUUGGCACAACUUCUGAUGGCGCAUCUCCUAACAGAAGGUUCUAUAGAAUGCAUGAAGAUCUGGAUGGCAAUGCUGGGAAAGAUGUUUGCUACCGUACGACCAACUUGUAUGCUCCGCACAGAUACAUCUAUUUCUUCUCAGAUGCUCCUCAUCUCAUGAAGACCACAAGAAAUUGNAUUUCAUGCCAGUCUGGGAAUACACGCGGUCGAAAAGAUAAGAACAGAGCAUGGGAUAACAUUUCUAAUGACCCUCUACCCAAAAGGGGUAAACAGUAA